GUAUAAGAAUAUCGAUCCGACUGUCACAUGUCACUGUCACCAUGCUGUCAUUAACCUUAUUUAUGUUCUUAUCAAUAACACCAGUGUUUUAUUUAAUGUAGGGUCGUGAGAGUCGUGACAAAGAAUAUAGCGUGAUAAUUAUUAAGGCGCACUAUAAUCACCUGGCAGCAAAAAAAAAAUUACUACUCUGAAACUAUUAAAAUAAAUCGAGAAUGAGAAACUUCAUAUGUUACAACUACAUAUCGAUUUGAUUUCAGUUCUUGCCUUAAAAGAUAACGAUAUUAUGCAUAGGUUUUGUAAUUAAAUUAAUCUACUAGAUAUCAAUGUGUGAGCCUACCGUGUGCUAGAUAAAAUUAAUUAAGUGGAGAAGAAUAAUCGCAGAAAUUAUGAAGAACGAAUUCGUAACACUCAACCACAUUCAAACCCAUGUAAUCACGUAUGGUGAUCCUUUUAAUUGCAAUGGAAAAGAUGUAAUUGUUUGUAUUACGGGAAACCCAGGUAUACCUGAUUUUUAUAUAGAAUUUGCUGAUGAAUUACAUAAAUCAACCGGACUGCCCUUGUGCAUCAUUGGACAUGCCGGUCAUGAUGUAGUUCCAGAUGAAGCAUCCUCUGUUUUAAAAGGUCAAGAGCAUCUGUUUGACCUUGAUGGUCAAAUAAAACAUAAGCUUGAACUUAUCAAUAAUUAUAUAGAUAAGCAAAGCAAAUUACACUUAAUUGGUCAUUCAAUUGGAAGCUGGUUAAUUUUAGAAUUGCUAAAAGAUAAUGAAAAUUUAACCAUGCGACUCAAAUCUGUUAAUCUUUUAUUCCCAACAUUGCAAAAAAUGGCUGAAACCAGAAAUGGAAAGUUUUUAAAUGGCUUCCUUAGAAAACUCCAUAAUUUUGUAUUACUUCUCUAUGUCUUGGUACAUUUACUACCUAGUGUUAUUGUAAAGUUUUUGGUAGCCAUCUACUUAAAAGUGUAUGCAUUGCCUUCACACUAUACAGAAUAUAUUUUUAAGUUUCUAAAUCCAAAUGUUGGGGAAAAGGUGUUAUUUUUAGCUUAUAAUGAAAUGGACAAAGUAAAAAGUUUAAACUUUGAAGCAAUUAACAAGAUAAAGCAUUUAACCAAUGUCAUUUAUAGUAAAACAGAUAAUUGGGCUCCAAUCUCAUAUAUGGAAGACCUAUACAAAUAUCAACCAGAACUUACAAUGAAAGAAGUAGACAUUGACCAUGCAUUUGUUUUAAAAUCAUCAGAAAGGACUGCAGAAAUGGUGAUGCAAUUUAUAAAGACAAAAUUAUAAUUCCUGUCUUACACUUCACUCAACUCUCUUAAAUACCAAAGUCACAGUACCUUUCUCAAAUGUAAUAGAUACUUAUAAAUGCAGCAGUUACUGCAUGCAUGUGAUAUUAAUGUAUUUAGCCUUCAAACAUUAUGGAAGGAAAUUAUUUAUUUCUAAACUAUUUAUGAAAUGAGUGAGUUUGAAAUUAGAUAGAUAUUCUUAAACAGUUCUAAAUGUAGACAAUAAUCCUAUUUCAGAUAGGAUAGAAAAUAUUGACAUGUAAAAAUGCUUCGAUUAUGUAGACAUUUUUUGUUGUAAUGUGUUAAAUAAUAAUGCUUUUAUCCUACAAACAGACUCCUAAAAAAUGGUCAGUAGUUGAAAAGUUUUUAGUCAUAAGGGGUUUUGAAAUCUAGCUAAAGUUAUUUAUUUGUAAAUAUUCAACUUGAAUGUUAAUAUUUUCUCUAAUCAUUCCAGUUAAACAAUGGCUAGCUACAAUAAUUAUGUAGAUAUUGUGGUAUUAAACAAAAUGUAAUAAAAUAAAUUACUUAAAUCAUGAUA